AUGUGCAAAUCAUCGAAAAUGGUUUCGGGCAGCACGAGGGUGAUUCAAGUCACCAACAUAGCUCCCCAGGCUACCAAAGAUCAAAUGCAAACGCUUUUUGGAUAUCUGGGGAAGAUCGACGACAUUAGGUUAUAUCCAACUAUUAGAGAUGUAUCGUGUCCGGUGCAGUCUCGAAUAUGUUACGUAAAAUAUUACGAUUCGGCUACUGUGAACGUUGCGCAGCAUAUGACCAACACUGUGUUCAUUGAUCGUGCUCUUAUCGUAAUUCCCAUGCAGUCGGGAGAGAUUCCUGACGAGCACAAGGCUUUGGAGAUGUCUAGCAAUGGAACUUUAGUGCCGGGACUGAGUACUGUGGAGCCACGUUUGCCGGCGCAUGUUAUCAACGCUUUAGACGGUGUUCCUCCGAAUCAGGUGAUCCAGACUCAUGAUCCGAAGAUGAUAUCGUUAGGUCUGCCGCCAUACCCGCCGCUACCGGCGACUUACGAUUCGAGGAAAAUUGAAGAAAUCAGAAGAACAGUUCUAGUUGGAGAUGUGGAGGCAUUGACCUCUCAGCAGUUAAUUGAUCAUUUCUGCCAAGCUGGUGAAGUGAAGUACAUGAGGUUUUGUGACCGUGAAGUGGAUAAGCAGAGGUAUGCUUUGAUUGAGAUGACAGAACAGGAAUCUAUUAUCAAAGCGCUGCAGUUGAACGGCAGCGCUGUUGAAGGACAAAUUAUCAAGGUAUACCAUGCAACUCAAGCUAUUUGCAAACCACAAACGAAGAGUAAUGAAGCAGCUCAACGGGAAAUCGAGGAAGCUAUGUGCAGGGUGAAGGAAGCCCAGAACUUGAUCUCAGCUGCCAUUGACCCUGUCAUAGGUCUCUUGUCUAAAGAUAAACGGAGGACGAGGUCUAGAUCCCGUUCACGAAGGCGGUCUCGGUCCCGCUCUCGUCGGUCGCGCUCACGUCACCGCUCGAAGCGGUCCCGCUCACGCUCCCGCCAUCGCUCGCGUCGCUCCAGGUCACGUCACAAGCACCGGUCUAGAUCUCGCUCACGUCAUCGCAGUUCUCGGAGGUCACGGUCGCGGUCGCGGCACCGCAGCUCACGUUCAAAACGCGAUCGUUCGCGAGACAAAGACAAGGAUAAGGAUAAGGACAAGGACAAGGAUCGCAAAGACAAGAAGGACUCCACUGAAAAGGACAAGAAGGACAAAUCUAAGUCGCCUCCCAAAGAAGUGGAAAAAGAAGUAAAAGAAGAAGUUAAACCAGAACCAGUCCCUGAAACUAAUGGUAAUGGCAAUUCUUCUGAAACAAAAUCCAAAGCGUCAACACCAGCAGACGAUAAACCAGAAAAAGACAUUGAAAAAGAGAAAGACAGGUCUCCAUCAAAGAAAAGAGAAAGAACAAGAUCUCGAGAAAGAAAACGCGACCGUUCCAGGUCUCGUCGUAGGUCCCGUUCACGAUCUCGUAGGAAACGCUCACGAUCCCGCAGGAGGUCGCGUUCUAGGGAUAGAAAGAGAUCUCGUUCCAGAGACCGAAAAAGAUCAAGGUCACGAGAUCGCAAAAGAUCUCGGUCCAGGGAUCGCAAAAGGACUAGAUCUCGGGACAGGAAACGGUCUAGGUCAAGAGAUAAGAAGCGAUCUCGUUCACGAGACCGCAAACGUUCCAGAUCGGGCAGUCGUCGCUCCAAGAGCCGUUCCCAUAGGGACUCCAAAACGCCUCACGACCGGAAGUCAAGAGACCACACUCCUAAUCUUUCCGUUAUAGAAGAAAAGGAUUUAUCUACUAUAGAAAGUAAGACUCCUGAAGUAUGCGACGAAAAGAAUUCUCCGGACAAUAUGGAUAUUUCCAAUUCUCCAUAG